CCUGGGGGGACGGGGGGGCGUGCGCGUCUGGUAUGGGAAGCCGCGGAGAGGGGACCCUCCUGAGCAGAUCUGCGGGUGGUUCCCUUUCGCCCUUUGAUUUGCCCGCGAGAGAGCUCCCAUGGUCUCUGCUCGAGCUCUGGAAACGUCCUCUCCGGGGGGGCUUAAUCACGGCUACUUCAUUAUAGAAGCACCCCUGGCCUUUUCUGAUACUGGGCGCGAGCGCGGGGAGCAUGUCCGAGAGCAGGAAGCCGCUGCUGGCCUUCAUGGGCAAGCUCCCCGGUGGGACCGCACCCGGGAGCUCGGGCAAGACUCACUGCCCUUUGUGCAUGGGGCUUUUCAAGGCCCCCAGGCUCUUGCCCUGCUUGCACACAGUGUGCACCAAGUGUCUGGAGCAGCUGGAGCCCUUCUCGGUAGUGGACAUGCGAGGGGGAGACUCGGACACGAGCUCGGAGGGGUCCAUAUUCCAGGACGUCAAGCCACCCGCGCUAAAGCCGCAGAUCGGCAUCCUCUGUCCGGUAUGUGACGCUCAGGUGGACCUGCCCAAGGGUGGCGUGAAGGCUCUAACCAUAGACCACCUGGCCAUGAAUGACGUGAUGCUGGAGAGCCUGCGUGGGGAAGGCCAGGGCCUGGUGUGUGACCUGUGCAGCGACAGGGAGGUGGAGAAGAGGUGUCAGACCUGCAAAGCCAAUCUCUGCCACUUCUGCUGCCAGGCUCAUAGGCGGCAGAAGAAAACGACUUACCACACCAUGGUGGACCUGAAAGAUUUAAAAGGCUACAGCCGGGUUGGGAAGCCCAUCCUGUGCCCUGCACACCCCGCGGAGGAGCUGAGGUUGUUCUGUGAGCUCUGCGACCAGCCCGUGUGCCGGGACUGCGUGGUGGGUGAGCACCGGGAACACCCCUAUGACUUCACCAGCAAUGUCAUCCACAAGCACGGGGACACGGUGCGGGAGCUCCUCAAAGACACCCAACCCCACGUGGAGGCCCUCGAGGAAGCGCUGGCACAGAUCAAAGGGACAAACAGUGCCCUCCAGGAGCGAGUGGAGGCCGUGGCAGCCGACGUCCGCACCUUCUCUGAAGGCUACAUCAAGGCCAUUGAAGAACAUCGGGACAAGCUGCUGCAGCAGCUGGAAGGCAUACGGAUCCAAAAGGAGAACUCGCUGCAGCUGCAGAAGGCACAGCUGGAGCAGCUGCUGGCAGACAUGCGGACCGGAGUGGAGUUCACCGAGCACCUGCUGACCAGUGGCUCAGACUUGGAGAUCCUCAUCACCAAGGGGGUGGUGGUAGAGCGGCUCACUAAGCUGAACAAAGUUGAAUACAGCACCCAGACGGGAGUGAACGAUAAGAUAUGCUUCUCCCCCCAGGAGAAAGCAGGCCGGUGCCGAGGCUAUGAAGUUUACGGAGCCAUCAAUACCAAAGUGGUCGACCCAGCCAAGUGUGUCCUCCAAGGAGAAGAUCUCCACAGAGCCCGGGAGAAACAGACAGCCUCUUUCACCCUGUUUUGCAAGGAUGCAGCAGGAGAGAGCAUGGGCAAAGGGGGCGACAACAUCCAAGUCACAGUUGUCCCUAAAGAUAAGAAAGACAGUCCGGUGAGAACAAUGGUCCAUGACAACAAGGACGGCACGUACUACGUCUCCUAUACCCCCAAGGACCCCGGUGUCUACACUGUGUUGGUCUGUGUCAAAGAACAGCACGUGCAGGGCUCGCCGUUCACCGUGACCGUGAGGAAGAAGCACCGCCCUCACCCGGGUGUGUUUCACUGCUGCACGUUCUGCUCCAGCGGAGGCCAGAAGACCGCGCGCUGCGCCUGCGGGGGCACCAUGCCAGGUGGCUACCUUGGCUGUGGCCAUGGACACAAAGGCCACCCGGGCCGCCCCCACUGGUCGUGCUGCGGCAAGUUUACCGAGAAGUCGGAAUGCACGUGGGCCGGGGGGCAGAGCGCCGCGAGGAGUCUGCUCAGAACCGUGGCCCUGUGACGCAUCCCGAGCCCCGGCCUGUGAAAGCCGCAGCCUGCGUGACACCGGACCACCAGAGGGCCCCAGACCUUGACAAAUCCCGGAGACUGAGAGAAUUAAAACAAAGUGCCUUAUCGUCUACUCACCGGUUCAAGUGCGUUUUUGUGAGUCACUCACUGACUGCAGGGGCCAGUGGUUGAGCGCGAGACCCCACCACAGCUCUCGGAGCAGCGAGCCGGCAAGGUCCUUUUCAUGCCAAGGAAGCGCCUUCUGCUCUGUGAGGUGUGAGGUGUGCUCUGCUCUGUGAGGUGCUCUGGCAGCUGUGCCAUUGGAACUCAGAGGCCACGGGAGCAGUUGGGAUCCUUGCUUUGUGAUGUCUGCCUUUUUGUUCUCCCUGAGUUGCCUGUGAGGUAGAUAUUUCCCUCAGAGAAUAAAACCUCCUAGUGUCAUUUGCACGGUUAGCCCUUUAGAUGGGUGUCACCUGACUGUUGAUUAGAGUCUCUGUCCACCCCUCCCCACCCCCUGCCAACACCAUGUUCAUCUCCUGGCCUAGGAGCCUGCAAGCUUCCUCCUCCUAGGUCAGGGGCAUACAGCAGUAAGACAUUACAAGAGGCGGUGUUGAAACAGGGUCCUAUACACGAGCUCAUGCCCGGUGAUCGAGGCACCUUCGACUCCUGUCAGCCCUCUUGUGCAGAAGAACGCGUCCUCACUGCUUCUGUACAGAGACGUGAGCUGGCUCUGCUCCUGGGAUGUGCCCGCUUAGCUGCUGGAGUUGGAAGGGAAUUUUGGGAGAGGGACAGUGUGGUGACUCAGCCCAAGGUCUUCCAUGUACGUAUUUUGUGUGUUCUUCUUAGACUCCUGAUUUCUUACAUGGUGAAAACUCAGCAUAUAUUAAAUAUAAUUCUUGAAAUCUGCAUUGUAAGAACCAUUAAGAAGUGG